ACUUUUGUAUAAAACAGCGGUAAAUUCAAGAUAUCAUCAGUCUAGAUUUUGUUUUCGUACAAAGAAGGUUUCCGCAAAAAUAAUCGAAAAAUGAAGAGUUCGACAAUUUUAUUUCUUGUCACUACAGCAGUGAUGAUACAAUCGUUUCGAUGUCAAACAGAGUCAACAACGGUAACUGUGAUUAUAGAUACUGAACCUAUAGCAAACCCAACUACAACUGAAGCUUCAGAAGAGACAACAACAACACUUUCAACCACAACUUCAACUACUGCGCCUACAUCCACACCUUCAACCACAACUUCAACUACUGCGCCUACAUCCACACCUUCAACCACAACUUCAACCACAACACAAACACCUUCUACAACUACACCAACUAUAGAAACAACCACUUGCUGGUCCGAGAAGUUUACGUACCAAGUUGUCGGUUCUAAAGUAAAUCACACGAAAACUAGAGUUGUGUGCAGUAAUAAUAGUACAACAACUACAACCACAACACAAACUCCGUUUACAACUACACCAGCUAUAGAAACAACCACUUGCUGGUCCGAGAAGUUUACGUACCAAGUUGUCGGUUCUAAAGUAAAUCACACGAAGACUAGAGUUGUGUGCAGUAAUAAUAGUACAACAACUACAACCACAACACAAACUCCGUUUACAACUACACCAGCUAUAGAAACAACCACUUGCUGGUCCGAGAAGUUUACGUACCAAGUUGUCGGUUCUAAAGUAAAUCACACGAAGACUAGAGUUGUGUGCAGUAAUAACAGUACAACAACUACAACCACAACACAAACACCGUUUACAACUACACCAGCUAUAGAAACAACCACUUGCUGGUCCGAGAAGUUUACGUACCAAGUUGUCGGUUCUAAAGUAAAUCACACGAAGACUAGAGUUGUGUGCAGUAAUAAUAGUACAACAACUACAACCACAACACAAACUCCGUUUACAACUACACCAGCUAUAGAAACAACCACUUGCUGGUCCGAGAAGUUUACGUACCAAGUUGUCGGUUCUAAAGUAAAUCACACGAAGACUAGAGUUGUGUGCAGUAAUAAUAGUACAACAACUACAACCACAACACAAACUCCGUUUACAACUACACCAGCUAUAGAAACAACCACUUGCUGGUCCGAGAAGUUUACGUACCAAGUUGUCGGUUCUAAAGUAAAUCACACGAAAACUAGAGUUGUGUGCAGUAAUAACAGUACAACAACUACAACCACAACACAAACACCGUUUACAACUACACCAGCUAUAGAAACAACCACUUGCUGGUCCGAGAAGUUUACGUACCAAGUUGUCGGUUCUAAAGUAAAUCACACGAAGACUAGAGUUGUGUGCAGUAAUAAUAGUACAACAACUACAACCACAACACAAACUCCGUUUACAACUACACCAGCUAUAGAAACAACCACUUGCUGGUCCGAGAAGUUUACGUACCAAGUUGUCGGUUCUAAAGUAAAUCACACGAAGACUAGAGUUGUGUGCAGUAAUAAUAGUACAACAACUACAACCACAACACAAACUCCGUUUACAACUACACCAGCUAUAGAAACAACCACUUGCUGGUCCGAGAAGUUUACGUUCCAAGUUGUCGGUUCUAAAGUAAAUCACACGAAGACUAGAGUUGUGUGCAGUAAUAACAGUACAACAACUACAACCACAACACAAACACCGUCUACAACUGCAAAUUCACCUGCAGAUGGGGCAGCUGCUGGAGCAGAAACACCCUCAUCAGCAGAUGAUCCAACCACAACAACAACAACAAUCAGAACAACAACUUGUACAACAAAACUGAUAAGAUUCAAGAAAAGCGGCAGUGACACCAUAUUUUCGAAAACUGUGGUUUCGUGCGGUUAAAAAUUAUACUACAACACGAUUACAACAGGCAAUAACAAAAGUGUAGUAAAUGCGACAAGAAUUUGAUGUGCACUAAUGUGCAUCACAAUACAAUAACGAUAUCUAAUAAUUUUCAUUUAAAAAUAUUGUUUGUACAAAAACAGUUACUGGCAUGUCCUUUCCCUUCCUAUUCCUAUUUGAUUCGAUUGAUUUUUAGUUAUUGAAAUUUUGCAAUAUUUUU